UAUUGCUCACAAGUGGAGUGACUUACAUCUUACAACGUGAGCAAAAUACAAAGAAACUGUCUUUAGUGAUCUUUGACAUUCUGUUUAUACUCUUGAAUCUUUUUGCUAAAAUUCCAGAAUCAAGGCGAAACCAACAUCAUGUUUUGUCCCUCAUAUUACAAAAGAUUCAAAGCCUUAAAAAAACGUCUGACGUCAUUGAUAAUACAGUAGUGAGUCUUUUCAAUCAAGUGGUCAACUUAACAAAAGUGAAGGUAAAGGCGGAAGAAAAGUUGGUUACGAGAACAGAACGUGUCAAUUUGGAGGAUGCUGACCCUCCUAAUGACUGCCGUCAAAUAGCUAAAGUGAAGGUAAAAGCGGAAGAAAAGUUGGUUACGCGAACAGAACGUGUCAAUUUGGAGGAUGCUGAUCCUCCUAAUGACUACCGUCAAAUAUCUCUGUUACCAACGCUUAACGAUUUAAACCCAAAAAUAAAACCAUUUUUACGGGAGAACAAGAUUAAAGGGAAGUAUGACAAUGUGAACCACUAUCUAGAUGUACAGUUUCGUUUACUGAGAGAAGAUUUUAUAGAAACACUCCGGAAUGGUUUAGCAAAUUACCAAUGUCGCGUGGAUCAAGGCGGGGGUCAAGAUGUAUAUAUCUAUACUGGGGUCAGUGUGGUUCGACCAAUCUGUUCUCGAAUGGAACUUUUAUAUCGGCUUGAAUUCGACGUUACUGAACUUGGGGAUAUUGACUGGGACACCUCAAAGCGUCUGACUUACGGUUCUUUGGUUUGCCUCUCAUCUAACUAUUUCCAGACAUUUUACAAUGCUACCGUGAUAAACAGAGAUCAACAGCUGAUAAAAGAAGGGAAGAUAGACGUUAGAUUUGAGCAUGAUCUGGAUGAUCUUUUUGCAAUGGACGGUGACAAACCUUUUGUUAUGGUAGAAAACAGGGCUUUUUAUGAAGCUUAUAGACAUGUACUUGGUGGACUGCAAAAUGUAAAGAUUUUACCUUUCGAAAAAUAUAUAGUACAUUGUCAGAACCAUGUGGACCCACCCAUCUAUAUUCGACAAGGUCGUGGCAGAGUAUUUGAUUUGCGACCUUUAAUUGAUGAUGAUAUUGUGCUACAAAAAACUUGCUCUUUUAGCAGGAAAUCUGGGUGUGCUGCAGCAGUAAAUGUCUUGGAUCCCCAUGCCUGGCCACCACCAGAAUUAUUGAACCUAAAUGAAUCACAAUUCAGGGCCCUUCAAACGGCUUUAACCAAAGAAUUUUGUAUGAUUCAAGGUCCACCAGGUACAGGUAAAACUCGCGUUGGAUUAAGAAUAGUCAAGGCGUUACUCCAUAAUUCUAAAAAUUGGGAAGCACCGGGUGUUCCAACAAGACCAAUGUUAAUUAUAUGUUAUACAAACCAUGCUUUAGAUCAGUUUCUGGCGGGAAUUGCUGGAUUUUAUGAUGGUCAAAUAGUUCGCGUUGGAAAUAGAAUUACCAACGAAAAACUUGAAAAGUAUUCUUUAAAAGCCUGGAAGGACCGAGGACGAAAGGAAGGCCGAUAUAAGAAUCUUGGUAGAGAGAGUUAUAAUCACGGCAGAAAUACUGAAUACUAUCAAAAUAUUAUAGAGCGUGCAUCUCACAAUGUUGAUCCAGAGGGUGAUGAUAUCAUAUGUGAAGACAAUUUGUACCAAAUUAUGUUACCAAGGCACAGAACACAGCUUCAGCAAGCCUAUUGUUCUGGAGAUUCAGUAAUUAUGGAAUGGCUAGGUUUGAGUAAAGUUACUGAAAACAAAGAUAAUGAUUUUCGGCUAUCCAGAAAGCAAAAAAAGACUUCCCGUCAACAAAGAAAAUCAAACAUUAGAAUGGCGGAAGAGGACGUUAACGACGUUGAUAACAUUUUUGCGAUUGAUACCAAAUCUCGCUGGCAGUUGUACAGAUAUUGGGUUUCGAAGGCUCGAACGAAGGUAAGGCAAAAUGUUACACAUCAAUGUAAAGAAUACUUGGAAUCUUGCACCGCUCAAAAAGGUGUGAUGCUUAUGAAGGAAAAAUUGAUAUUGUCAGAGGCCUCUGUUAUCGCCAUGACCACUACAGGGGCAGCAAAAUAUCAACACAUACUUCAAGAGAUAAAUCCAAGAAUAAUUGUCAUUGAAGAAGCAGCGGAAGUAUUAGAAGGGCAUGUCAUUGCUGCUCUUAGUGAACAAUGUGAACAUCUUAUUCUUAUAGGAGAUCACAAACAAUUAAGACCGAACCCAAAUGUCCACAGACUUGCUAAAGAAUUUAACCUUGAAAUAUCGCUCUUCGAAAGAAUGGUGGAUAAUGGUGUUCAUUGUGACUGUCUUGAACUUCAGCAUAGAAUGCGACCUGAAAUAUCCAAAUUACUGAAGUCCAUAUACCCAAAGCUAGUAGAUCAUCAGAGUGUAUGUGGCAGACAAGAUGUGAAAGGAAUGGCAAAUAACGUAUUUUUUAUAAACCAUUAUAACAAAGAAGAUCAUGAUGCAGAGACAAAGAGUCGCUCCAAUGUUUAUGAGGCACGCUUUUUGGUAGGUUUAACUGAUUACCUUUUAAAACAGGGAUAUGGUACACACGAGAUAACGAUCCUUGCAACAUAUUCGAGUCAAAAGCAGCAGUUGGGUAGAUUGAUGUCUGACGAUCAGUUUAAAGGAAUAACAGUCACAUCGGUUGAUAAUUACCAAGGAGAGGAAAACGAAAUCGUCAUUCUGUCUUUGGUUCGGAACAACAAAGAAAGGGACGUAGGAUUUUUGAAAACUGAUAAUAGAGUAUGCGUGGCCUUGUCCAGAGCCAAGAAAGGACUUUAUGUUAUGGGUAACUUUGACAUCCUUCGGCAUAAAAGUCCAUUAUGGAAUGAAAUAAUAACAACCCUGGAAAGGCAUGGCGAAAUAGGACAAACCCUUGUACUGAAGUGUCCAAACCAUCCUAAAGGUAAAGGAAUAAAGAUUAACACACCUGAUGAUUUUGAUAAAGCUGCAUCUGGGGGAUGCCAAAAAAUAUGUAAGUCUCGUUUAGAUUGUGGACAUGCCUGUGAGCUGCAGUGUCACCUUAUUGAUCUAGAGCACCGGGACUAUACUUGCCGUAAACCGUGUCCUAAAACCUGCGAAGAAGGACAUCGAUGUCAUCUAAUGUGUUUCCAGGGUUGUAAAAAAUGUCAAGUGUCUGUAUCCAAAUUUAUCUCAAGAUGUGGUCACUACGACCAAGUGCCUUGUCAUAGGCCACCAGCACAGCACAAGUGUAGGUUUCCGUGUGAGAAAAUGCUUUCAUGUGGACACCAAUGUGGAAAUCUUUGCGGUUUUGACCACAAGUGCAAUAUAUGUUAUGUGUAGAAUCUUUUGCAAAGACAGUCAUGUCCCAUGUUGUGAAUGGAAAUUUUUUUAAAAUGUCACAAAUUGGUAAAACAAUAAUUGUAUGUUUUACAAACAUUUUCACUGCGGUAAGACCGUUCGCCAAAUCUUAGGUGAAUUCACGGUCCGUUAACAAGAGACAUUAUUUAAAUAUGCACAAUAAUAAGUGAUACAUUAUUAUUUGAAGUGAAUGGGGCAAUCUUCAUAAUUCCCUGUACAAUUUUAACAGAUAAUUACUUUUUAAUUCACUAUUCUAAUUCACUUUAGCUUUUGCCAUCAUUAAUCAUUAUCUAUUAUAUAAGUAUAAAACAGGACACUUUCUAUCGUGUAAAAUACCGAAUUUGUCCAAUCUAUUAGUAACAGAAAGUCGUUCUAUUGGGAGAGACGAAACGUAUGAAAGAUAGGGCAUCAAACCAUUUAGAAAAUUAAAUGUACAUUAUAUAAGAGAUAAAUCUGAAUAUUGCAGGUCUUUAUUUUGACUUCAAAUGUUAUAUAAACUAUUAUUUAGACAUAUAUUUAUAUGGCAAGCCUCGCUAAACAACUCUCUAAACCACAGGAUGACCGAGGUUUAAACGGAUCGAAACACGAUCGACAAUUUCAUUUAAUUUAAAAUGGAUAAUCUAGAAAUAGUACCGAUUGUCAAGUACCUAUGCCACGAUAAUAAACAAUCUCCGCUACAUCUCCAAACAGUGGUAAUUUCGCUCAGAAUAAAAUAAUUUUAAUACAAUUUUCAA